AUGUCGAACCAUCCAAGGAAGUCGUCGCUGCUGUCCAUCCAGUUGGCGCCGCCUUGCUGCUGGAAGAUGGAGUCGAUGAACACGUUGUUGUUGAGCGAAUCUGAGUUUGCUGGCGAAUGCUCGUUCGAGUUACUCCGCGAGUUGCCUGUGGACGGCGAUUGCGAAAGCACCUGCUGCUGCACCUGCGGGAACAUGGCCUGGUCGACCGGUGGGGCAGAGAACAGCGACUGUUCCAGUGGCAGCUGA